UAAUAGCUAACACUAUGACUGACACAAUCUAUAAUUAGCUGCAGUUUAAUCUAGGCCAACACCAAAGAUAAGAAUAAACAUUGCAUGUUAACAUUAUUCCUUUGAAUAGUUCUCAACAUUUUUGAGAACUCAACGUCUAAAUAGCUAAAAUCAGCUUCCUGUAUGGACGGAUAGCUAUCUUGGCUCACUAUGAACACAACCACAGUGAAUCAGUCGGACUGCCUCGAGGUGAAGGUCCCUGUCCCUCUCUUCUUUUCCAUCGGUGUGGUGAGCCUUGCUGAGAACCUGCUGGUUGUGGUGUCCGUCAUACACAACAGGAACCUCCACUCUCCCAUGUACUGCUUCAUCUGCAGCCUGGCAGCCUUUAACACCAUUGCCAGCCUCACUAAAACCUGGGAGACCCUGAUGAUUGUGUUUGCCAACGUGGGCCAGCUAGAGAAGAAAGGUUCCUCUGAGAUGAACCUUGAUGAUGUGAUGGACUCCCUGCUGUGUAUGUCCUUCGUUGGCUCCAUUUUCAGUUUCCUGGCUAUCGCUGUGGACCGUUAUAUCACGAUCUUCCAUGCUCUGCGAUACCACAACAUCAUGACUAUGCGGCGCACAAAGGCUGUCCUGGGUGUAAUCUGGAUAACAUGUGGGGUGUCAGCUGUGCUCAUGGUGAGGUUCUUCGCCUCCAAGUUCAUCAUGAUCUGCUUUGUUGUCUUCUUUGUCAUCUCCUUGGCAAUUAUCUGCUUCCUCUACUUCUACAUGUUCAUGCUGGCACGCAUCCAUGCUAGAAAGAUUGCUGCCCUACCAAGCAGCAGUGGGGGGAAGUGCAGCCGCCAGCGGUGGUGGGGCAGCAGCAUGAGAGGGGCCCUGACUCUGACCAUCCUGUUUGGGGUGUUCGUUGUGUGUUGGACGCCGUUUUUCCUCCACCUCAUUAUCAUGAUGGUGUGCCCCAUGAACCCGUACUGUGAGUGCUACCGGUCACUGUUCCAGCUACACGUGGUGCUUCUGAUGAGCCACGCCGUCAUCGACCCGGCCAUCUACGCUUUCCGCAGCGCUGAGCUCAGACACACCUUCAGGAACAUGCUGCUCUGCUCAGACUGGAAGCAGCGAUCAUAAAUAGCAUCUAUUGGCACCUUUUGUUUAUCCAAAGAAAGCAGUUGCUUUUUACGGGCAGACUGCUUUACAUUCAUUUGUUGCAUAUAGUCAGUGUUGCGAAAGCUAACUGAGAGCAUCCUCCAACAAUGCAACAUAUUAUAAAAGGACAUAAGACAAAACAAUAAAAAUAAAGAUAAUAAAAUGAAACAAAAAGAUAGGGCAAAAUGAAACAGAGUAGGAUAAAUUAGAUUAAAAUAGUGCAGGUAGUUUGGUAGCCCAGUCAGUAAGUAGUGCAGAUGAAGUAUAUACUUGUUAGAAAAAUAAAUAAAUACAAUAAAUUAUGCAUGGAAUGUUGAAAGUGGUCAAGUAAUGCAGGAUUGUAUGAACAUGUAAAUAUAAUUAAAUAUAGAAUAACAGAAUGAAGGUUAAAGAUUACAUAUUUUACAGUGAAAUACAAUUAAAUACUGUUUGAUAUACUAAUAACUAUUAAGAUAACAAAUUAAAUAAAUCAAUUGUAAGAUGCAACCCCUAGAAAAAUAAAGUUUGGCUCACUAAAGAACCCUUUAAACAAAUCUAAAUUAAAUUGAUUGAGUGUAUAACAAAAAGUGCAUUGUUCACAGGUCAUUCAUUUUAUUUUUUCACAGUUGACCUAUAGAUGAAUGGUAAAAAGAUAAGUACAAUUUAUUUCUGUUUAUGGUCCAAAAUAGUUAAAUGCACCAAAAAUAGCAAAAUUGUAAUGUAACUAGUUGAAUCACCGUGCAAAUAUAAUUUCUGUUGUAAUUAACUUCGAUUAUAUCAAAUACACUUGGAUAUAAAAUAAUAAAUACUUGUCUUAGUUAAUAGUUAUUAUGUAUAUUUUUUACUUACUUUUAGAACUUAUUUUUUUAGAUUGUUUAUGUUUGCACCAAAAGACACCAAAUCAAAUUCCUUGUAUGUGUAAACGUACUUGGCAAUGAACUGGAUUCUGAUAAAUGUGACAUCCCAUAAUGAGUUGUUGUUCAAGGAAGGAACAUUAGCAAUCACAUACUGUAUGGGUCCAGUUAUAAGAAGCUUUUGUUAUCAUUGUAUUUAUCUACCAACAUAUUGAUUUUAAUUAAAAGUAAUGAGCAAAAGAACCAUAGGCAAAAAAACCCAAAAACAUUUCAGUAAGGAAGAUACUCAUAGUUGGGCGUAUAUUUUGCAGACGAUGCUCUAUUUUCGUUUUUUCACCCUAAUCUGUGGGAUCUGUCCAUGGUAGCCUAAAGAGUGGUGCAGUGAUGAUGUAUAUUUAGGCCGACCCAGAAGUUAGCAUUGCAAAAUCUUUGGACAAAUAGCAUGGCAUUUUUUCCUUGUAUUUUGGAAUAUUGCAGAACUAAGAUGGCCUUUAGGAUACUUCCACAUAAUAAUAUCAGAAACUCAACAGACACCGCUUGAUGAUUUUUGUAGCAGAAAUGCAAUCCAGAAGUAAAAAGCUCAAAUAUGAUUAUAAUCAAACUACAUCCCGGUGACAUGAUGCUGAGCUGAAGGUGGACUGUUUUUCGUGAUGACAUUCAAUGGUUUCAUCACUUUUUAGCAACUGCUGUGUUUAACACCCAUAGCUUCGGACAUUCAUCAGUGGGGUAUUAACUGAUGUGUUUAAUGCCGUAGAACACAAAAGGAAAAAUCUCUUUAGUUUUUAUUAACCAAAGAGAUUAUUUCAGGCGUCUUACCAAAAACAUAUUUUACAAUCUGAAACAGGAUGUUGUGAAAUGCUAACUAAUUUCCAGGUUUUAGGACUCUUUCCUACACCAUUCAUUCUUGCGUUACACUACAGUAAUUCAUAUAUUUUGGGUUAGUUAAAUGUAACGCAGCCUUAUACAACCUUAUGUUGGUAAGUGUUCAAAGUUGCUGUUAGUGUUUGAUGCGGUAUGUUACCGUUGUGUUGAUUUAUACUUUUUGUAUGGAUUGUAAAGUGGCAAAUUGCCAAAUUUGUCUUCAGAUAUUAUAAAAUAGCAUUUAAGAGUACAAAUGAGCAAUUUCCCUUGUUGUUUCUGAACUUUAAACUGUGAAAUGUACUGUACUUAAAUCAGUGUUAAUGUUAACAUUUCCUCUACCUUUUGAGCUAAGCUAGCGCAGCUAACAUUUAAACAACGUUUGCUGGUCCGCACUUAUCUGUUUAGCUAACUGAUCAAUAGUGUUGAGAGUUUAUGUCACCAAUCAGCAUUCACUUUUUCUUAAUGGUAUAAUUGCCUAUUUCACAACCUUUGGUAGUUUUAAUCUCGUUUAAUCUGUACUGUGUGUGAAGUGAUGCCCUCUGGUCUUUUUGGUGAAAAAAUUCAAUGCUGCACAACCACUUCCUGUCCAUAGACAAUCAUGUAAUGUUGCAAUUUUUUUGAAUAGCAAUGAAACUACAAGCAGGGUACGGCAGCAUGUAGGUCAACUACAUACAUUAACAAUACACACUGCCACUGAGAAUGAGGACAGUCAGAGCCAUUCUGCAGCAGAAGGCUUUUACACCUGGUUCUUAAAUAUAGGUGAUUCAUUAAUUCAUUUUGUGUUUAAAUGUGCACAUGUGACAUUCAAUCUAUGCGUUGAGUGUCUUAAGUAUUUCUGUGUAUGUAUUUUUUAAUUACAUACCAUCCAGCUAUCUUCACUCUGCCUUGCUGAUUAUCUACUACUCCACUCGUUUUCUGAAAUGGAUGUACUCGCAUUUUAAACCAAGUGUCAAACUUAUAAAUAAUGUAUUUCCCAGAUACCAUUUUCAAAGAUCACGUUAUUAUUUUUUCACAAAGAUCAUAAUCUGGAGGUUUCCAUCAUUCACAUAACCACGAUGUACCACAGUGGAUGCAAACAAUUAUAUAACUUUACCUUUUGCUUUUAUUCACACAAUAAUAAAAUACAUCAUGUUAAGCAACAUCGCCAACACUGACAUCAGUCGUUUCUCUUGCAGUUCACAUUUAUAUUUUUGCAUGCCAUGAAUUUACCAUAUCUUACAUGACUGAUGUAACUGUUAUAUGCUCUCACUGUACAUAACAUAGGACUGAUCAUGCACUUACUAAGUGGGCUUCACCUCUGUCUAAUGUAAUAUUACAUUCAGUGUUCUUGCUGCUGUUUCUGUCGGGCCAAAUAACUACUUCCCAAUGAAAAAUAACAAUAAAUCAUUUUGAAUCAUUCCAAAUAUAUGUCAUGUCGAGAAGCAAAAUGCAACAAUCUCUGCUUUUCUCCUACAGAUAACCAAAUGAUGAAUGAUGAUAUCAUUGGGUUCUAAUAAAAGCACUU